CACCACCACUUAUUGGCGAAUGGCGGUGGUUGUUAGGUGCUGCUGAUGUAGACGCAGAGACACCGACUACAAAUUUCACAAUCAGGGAAGAUUGAACGGGUCAUCAACAGAGUGUCAUGGGCUCGAAAAUAAAGACGGCCGUCUUCGUGUUUAUUUUGUUACUGGUCAUGAUUUUCCUUUCCUCGGGAUACUUCAAGACGUUCAACCAGCAGAAACACGUGGCGCCAAAGCUGCACUAUCAGCAAAGCGAUCGCCUCCGCCCGGCGACAAAAAUGAUACCGGGCCCCACGAAGUGGCGGCCGCCGCCGUUGCGGGACGUCACCUUCGCCUCGUCGGCCGCCAAAAGCAUCGCCACGGUCGUCAACGGCAGCUCGGGGACGCCGCUCAGCGUGGGCGACGCCCUCCUCGUCGAGGUCCAGAUGCGCGACUUCGCCGGGCGCCCCAAGCGCCACGGCGGCGACUUCCUCCUCGCCAGGCUCUCGAACGCGAGGCUCGGCGCGGCCGUCUCGGGCGCCGUCACCGACCGCGGCGACGGCACGUACCUCGUGUCCUUCCGCGUCUCGUGGCCCGGCGAGAGCCGCCCCGAGGUGGCGCUCGUGCACUCGAGCGAGGAGGUCGCGGUGCUGGAGAGGGUGCGCGAGGCCGUGCCCGACAAGGUCAGCUUCUGGGGCACGUUCGUGUCCGGCGGGCGGAAGGAGCGCUCAGCCUGCCACGUGUUCCUGAACGCGACGGUGGGAGGCGGCGAGCUGUGCGACUUUGGGGACGCGGAGCGCGGCGAGGCGUGGUCGUGCGUGAGGCCGGGGGAGCUGCCCUGCUACUCGCUGGAGGGCUACUCGUCGUACAACAAGUACGCGCGCAUCUUCACGGCCGAGGAGCGCCAGCUCUUCUCGAGGAAGAAGGGUGGGCAGCUUCACGAACCCAUACCAAUAAGCUACACGUUGCAAGCUAAUGCAAGCAACGUCGGAGUCCCGACAACGAGGUGCGUGCCCGGGUUAGGAUUGCCAAGCCCCAGCGGCUUUUACCUCAAGGGCGCUUGGCAGUCGACGGUGUGCGGCGCGAGGCGCUUCGACACGCCGGCGAACGUCACCGACUGCUUGAGGCACAAGGAGGUGUACCUGUUUGGCGAUUCCACCAUCAGGCAGUAUUGGGAGUACCUCAACAAGUUCGUCAAAGCUUUGAAACGCUUCGACCUCCACAAGCCCGGGACGCAUCAACCGAAGUUGGCGAUCGACAACGAGAACAACAUCAUCCUGGAGUGGUUCUGCCACGCCUACCCGCUCAUCACGGCGUCGUACACCUACAAGGAAGACGUCCGGCACAUCGCCCGUCGCAUCGACGAAAUGUCCGGCGGGAGCCACGUGGCGGUGGGCAUCUGCCUGGGGGCUCACUUCACCGUCUUCCCGCUGGCGGUUUUCCGCACGCGAAUGCGCAACAUUGGCGAGGCCGUGAGGAGGCUGCUGCUGAGAAGCCCCGAGACGAGGGUCGUCGUCAAGUUGGCCAACACGCGAGACUCAGGCAACCCCGAGAUAUUCAACAACUGGAGCACGUUCAGGAUGAACGAGAUCACCCUGGAGGUGUUCAGGGGCGCGAACGUGGCAUUCGUGGACGCGUGGGACAUGACCGCGUCGAUUAACUCCGCUAUAAUUCACCCCGUCGAGGGGAUAGUGAAGAACCAGGUCGACCUGUUUCUGUCAUACAUUUGUUAGAUUUCAGCAGCGUUCGGUCGAAGAAUCGCCGGGGGAAAUCGUUUUUUUUCGUGGUGGUUUCAAAGUUGGGGUUUUUUUUUGGAAAUGGGGGAGAGAAAAACUGGUCACUCUUGUAUAUGUGCAAAAUCAUUAUGGCAUUUUAAAUGGCUGCAUUAAUUUUUUUCCACGGGAUAGAUCAGGGAAGGGUGAGUACUCUUAUUGUGAAAGGGGCGGUGAUAUAGGGGCCAGAGGGGAGCGGCUGUAGGGAAUAGAUCAGAGAGGAGGCUGGUAUGCAGAUUUUAAAAGGGCGGUUGCUAAGGGUAAGAAUUUUCAGGAAGUGGUGCGUUGAAGUUCCCGUCUGUGCGAAUCCGCGUGGCUGUUCCACUCUUUAUCUAUUAAAAAAAAACAUGAAUACCACCA